AUGGCCUCCGGCGCACCAGGUGGUAAUUUUAGAAACUGGACUCCAACACCUCCGGAACGAGGCUCGUUUCCUUUAGAUCAUGAGGGUGAAUGCAAGUCUCAGAUGUUGAGGUAUCUCAAAUGCAUGAAGUUUACAGAGAAUCGGAAUGCGCCAAAUUGCCGUAUUCUAGCAAAAGAAUAUUUGAAAUGUAGAAUGGACAAUCAGUUGAUGGAUGUAUCAGAUUGGAAGCUGUUAGGUCUCAUCAAUCUCCCUGGAGAUGACAUCAAGCCUCCUGACCGAAAGAAAGCGACUGAAGAGAGGUGA